AGUGAAAGAAACAUGAAUUUGAAGGCCUUGAGAUGCCAGAUCCUUAGUGGAUCCAUAGCCAGGCGUGUGCUUCUACGAGCAUUUAUGCUUGCCACGGCUAUUUCCGUCUUUCCUUUGUUGCAGAUCUUAUCUGGUUCUGAUCCUGGAUUGUUGCUUGAUUCUGUGAGGUGCAAUGAACGUGAUUUUCCCUUUAUGUUUAUGGGCUCAAAUUUGCUAAAGAAUCGAUUUUUGAAGCCAAUGUGGGGCCCAAUUAACUGCAAGGACGAUAUGAAUGUGACAACUAAUGUUGCUAGAGAGCUAAUGGGUAUGCAAAUGAUAGAUUCUAGUGCGAAAGCUCUCUGUGUUGGUGAAGGAUCGGCUCCCGCAGUUUAUGCAUUGCGAGAUUUAGGAUUUUUCAAUGCUUUUGGGGUUCACAAACACCCAUUCUUCUCUCUUAAGCAUAAGAGGAUGGUUUAUAAGAUUGAAUAUGCAGAAAAUUCCUUUGAUUUUGUGUUCUCAGGAGACCUGGACAAGGUUUCAGUCCCAGCCAUUGUCGUGCUCGAGAUCGAGCGUGUUCUGAAACCUGGAGGAAUUGGGGCUAUUCUUGUUGGCCUUAAUAGUUUGAACGCCAAUAACCUGAUUAGGUCUGCCAUGCCCGUGUCAUCAUUAUUGAAGAAUUCCAACAUUGUACAUGUUGGUUAUGUCAAUGAGUAUACGCUGGUUGUUUUCAAGAAAAGAAUUUAUAGUGUUGGCUACUUUCAGCAAUACCAGCUGCCAGCUGAUUGCCCAUCUAUCAUGAAUAAUAGACCUCAUUUGGAGAAUUUAGAACCUCUCACAGAGAAUAAGCAAGUAGAACAUGAGAAAAACAUAGCUUAUUUGCCCAAGUUCAUUGAUUUGCCCGCUAGGAAGCGGUUAGUGUAUGUCGAGAUUGGGGGAGGCGAGCAUAUGAAUUCUAGUUUUUCGAGUUGGUUCUUGCCAUCUUAUCCCGCAGAUCACAACACCUUCAAUGUUUUUUUUGUCGACCAUAACACCUCGGUCCUGCUUUCUUGUGUGAAAAGGCCUGGUGUUACCUUCAUUUAUUAUCCAGGCCUUGCUGGAGAUGAGGCUACUCUUGAUCCUGAUUUGGAAGAGUUCGAUCCAUCCGUGGGUGAUGAAGGGUUUGAUUUCCUUGCUUGGUUUAGAGAAACAGUGCAGUAUGCUGACUUUGUGGUUUUAAAGAUGAAAGCAGGGGAGGUGGAACUGAAAUUUCUGUCUAGUUUGUUCAAAAGCGGAGCUAUAUGCUUUAUUGAUGAGCUGUUUCUCAGUUGCUCAGAUCAGGACGGUGAAAAAGGCCGGGUGAAGGGAGACUGCAUGGAUCUCUUCAAGAGCCUUAGAAACACUGGUGUGUAUGUCCAUCAGUGGUGGGGAGAUUAACCACCAAUUGAUGUGCGAUGGAGUCUUGUUUUAACUGCGUGUGGUGCUUUCCCAACGUUAUCGUAGUCGUGUCAAGUUUAUUGUAAGAAUGCAGUGGAGGCAUUCAAAGUUGCUUGGUGGUUGGGCACUUAAGCUAAAUAAUCAACCAUUGUCUUUCAUGUUGUUGAAUAAAUUGUUGCGUGCUUUUUAAGA